AUGGCAGAGCAACGACAACGCGCCGCACCGGCACCAGCAGCAUCACAGACACAAACAGAGUCUUCGCAAAGCGGCUCCAGAACAGAAAGCCCAAGGAUACUCCGUCUACGAGGGGGUCAUAAUGCCACUGGCCGGUCUGUUCAGUGGGCAGAGGACGUCGUAGACAAUGAGGGCCUCGGGAGGAAGAUGUGUUGCAUAUACCACAAGCCCAAAGGGGUCGACGAAUCCAGCGACGAAUCAUCCUCGUCAUCAUCCGACUCCGACACUGACUCGGAACCAGAGAGCAGACGUGGAGAUGGCAAAAAAGCCCCUGCGUGUGGACAUUCACAUCAUGGACGUGGUAGACGGGGCGAUAAGGGUCGGAAGCAGAAGAGACCGCCGAGUCCUAACGCGUACGAGAAGGUGCCGAAGACAAAGCCAAAGGACGGGCCAGGAGGUAAGGCACAAUGA